CGCACUCGCACUUGCGCAUACUUACAAUUACACUCGAAAGAAAGAAAGCAAGAAUGCCUGCCGUUGCAUCCCCCAGCAAGGUACUCGUGUCCGGCGCGAACGGAUACAUCGCGGCGUGGGUCGUGCGCACGCUGCUCGAGAAAGGAUACGCUGUUCGCGGGACGGUGCGUUCCGAUGCGAAGGGCGCGCAUCUGAAGAAACUGUUUGCGGAGCAUGGAGAUAAGUUCGAGGUCGUGAUCGUCGAAGACAUCACGAAGGAGGGUGCGUUUGACGAGGCCGUUAAGGGCGUCGAUCUUAUCGAGCACACGGCUUCGCCGUUCCAUUUCAACUUCAAAGAGCCGAAUGAUCUCAUCGUCCCAGCCACCAAAGGCACCCUCGGGAUGCUCGAGUCUGCCAAAAAGCAUGGAUCCUCCGUAAAGCGUAUCGUCGUUACCUCAUCGUGCGCCUCGGUCCUCAAGCCGUCCGCGACGCCCGCCGUAUGGGAAGAGACCUCGUGGAACGAGCCCGCGAUCGAGGAGGUAAAGGAGAAGGGCGCCAACGCGCUUCCGAUCUCGAUCUACCGUGCUUCCAAAACGCUCGCGGAGAAAGCUGCCUGGGACUUUUACGAGAAGAACAAGACGAGCGUGGGGUGGGACCUCGUUGUGCUCAACCCUCCAUACGUAUUUGGCCCCCCCAUCCAUGAAGUCACGAGCAUGUCCGCGUUCAACACGUCUAUGCAGGAGUUCUUCAACACAGUUGUGAAGGGCGUCAAGGACGAUGCGGCGCUCAAGACGCUGGGCAGCGCAUGGAUUGACGUGCGCGAGCUCGCGAACGCGCAUGUGCUUGCGGCAGAGACGCCGGAGGCCUCUGGGGAGCGCAUAAUCGUGAGCGCAGGCGCAUUCUAUUGGCAGGAAAUCGUCGACGCCGCGAACAGAAUAUCGCCGCCUCCCCUCACUAGCAUCGUCAAGGGCAACCCCGGGUCCACCAAGGGCAUAACGCACUUGAUCGACUACAACACGGCCAAGUCGGACAGGAUCUUGAAGCUGAAGCACCGGCCGCUCGAGGAGUUGAUCAGGGACUGCCUGCUCGACUUCAAGGCGCGGGGAUAUGCUUCAUAGGGGAUCCAACUGUUGAGGGGCUGAGGUGGAGAGCACGAAUGGGAAUCCUAGAAGUAUCGAAUGCAAUGUGAUUGUACUGUAGACUGUGACUGAUGUUUCUAUUCCUCUCAAGAUGGACAUUGGAGAAAAGUGUGCUGCAAAGUGUU